AUGAACCAAACGUCCCUUUCACCUUCAAACUAUUGGCACCCCACAAAUCAACCAAACCUAAACCCUUUCACCACUUCACCCACCGCCUUCAAUCCAAUCAAAUCCCUUCGAUUCAACAACCAAAACCUCCUGGUCCUCCGUUCCGCCCUAAACCCUUCCUCCCAGCCCCCACCGGUCGUCGUCGUAGGCUCCGCCAAUGCCGACAUCUACGUCGAGAUCGACCGCCUCCCAAAGGACGGCGAAACCAUCUCCGCGAAAACCGGAAUAACUCUACCCGGCGGGAAAGGCGCCAAUCAAGCUUGCUGCGCCGCUAAAUUGUCCCAUCCGACUUACUUCGUUGGUCAGAUUGGGGACGAUGCUCACGGAAGCCUUGUGGCGGAUGCUCUCCGGGAGGGUGGUGUUCGUUUGGAUUAUCUUGCUGUUGUGCCGGCUGCUCCGACUGGGCAUGCCGUUGUGAUGCUUCAGGCGAGUGGGCAGAAUUCGAUUGUGAUUGUUGGUGGUGCUAAUGUGACUUUUUGGCCUGAGCGUUUGCCGCUUCGGCAUUUGGAGGUUGUUUCUUCUGCUGGGAUUGUUUUGUUGCAGAGGGAGAUUCCGGAUUUUGUUAAUGUUCAAGUGGCAAAGGCUGCAAGGAAUGCUGGUGUCCCCGUAAUAUUUGAUGCUGGGGGACUGGAUGCACCAAUUCCACAAGAAUUACUGGAUUUUGUUGAUAUUUUUAGUCCUAAUGAAAGUGAACUUGGUCGCCUUACAGGACUGCCCACUGAAAGUUUUGAAGAGAUCACACAAGCUGCUGUGAAAUGCCAUAAAUUGGGUGUUAAGCAAGUUCUUGUGAAACUUGGUGCCAAAGGAUCUGCCCUUUUCAUAGAAGGAGAAGAACCAAUUCAGCAACCAGCCAUUUUUGCUAAAACAGUCAUUGAUACAACCGGAGCUGGCGAUACUUUUACUGCUGCUUUUGCUGUAGCGCUAACGGAGGGAAAGUCCAAAAAGGAAUGCCUCAGAUUUGCCGCUGCUGCAGCUUCUCUUUGUGUUCAAGUCAAGGGAGCCAUUCCCAGCAUGCCUGAUAGAAAAUCUGUUCUCGAACUUCUUAAUCAUCAUUGA